AUGAAGUUCGCCGUUGCCGUAGUCAUGUUCGUGUGCGCCCUGGCUGGAGCUCAUGCCUCGUGGGCCCAGAUUGCUCCCGGUGUGUCCUAUGUGAGCCCCGUGGCCCAUGGUGCCCCUGGUCUGUGGAAUGGAGCCUGGAACGGUGCCUGGAAUGGUGCCUGGAACGGUGCCUGGAACAACGGCUGGAACGGUGCCUGGGGCUCCCCCGCCGCCGUUGCCGUCCAUGCCAGCGCUGCUCCCUGGGGUCUGACCGGUGCCGGAUGGCACGGUGCUGCCGUUCCCGGAAUCAACCUCGCCCAGGGACCUGGUCUGGCCGCCGGCCAUGGCCAUGAGGGCGUCUAUGUGGCCAAGACCCGUGGUGCCAUCCACACCGCUCCCCUUGCCGGACACAUCAACUCUGCCACCUCCGUGAACGUGGCCCCUGCCCCGGGAACUCUGUAAGUCGGGAGUGCCUGAGAUAAACCAUUAUCAAGACGAUGCCAAACGGAGCGGAUGGAUGGCAGUAUCAACUGAUCUCCAACUGCUUCAGCGACUACCCACGACGACUACUACUCCAACCGGAUAAAUACCCAUCUCUCUCUGUACACCUAUUUGUUAAGCACACCGCUCUUAGUCCCCCCGAUACGAACACGAUCCUGAUCCUUGGGUCCAUGUCCAUAUCCUCUGGACAUUUCCCAACGCACUCAGCAAUAUAUAAGUCCAACAGCAAUUACAACAACUACAACAAACCAACAAACGACAGCAUGUUAAUUUUAUUUUUUGAGAACUCUUCUUCUUUAAAGCCUUCCCAUCUGCUAUCUCUUUUCUCUCUCUCUAAACUAUCUCUAUUAUCCUUCUAUAAUCUAUAUCACUCUGUCUGGCAUAUCCUCCUAGGCUAUGACCUAUCAACCUGUAAAUAUCCCAUUGUACUCUAGUAAUCUGCAACAAUGUAAAGAUUGAUGAAAGCGUUAUAAAUAAACUCAAACAGCGUUUUUUAUACGAA